AUGGUUCUAGGUUCUACACCGGUGUCCGGAACCAAUGUCCUCGAGCUUACGGCGGGGACCUUAUGUUGUAACAUUGGAGACGAAUGUCAGCGUGGAAGGACAUUGCAAGAAGAAAUCAUGUACAGGCUUUUAUUCCGUACUGUAUACACGGCUCGAAAUUCUUCAGUCAGUGUCUAUGAGUCGUGUGUGUUGCCAGCUAAAUGUAACAAGGCUGCUGCUCCAGUUUCCAGGGUUGCAAAUGGAGGUGGAGUCAAAGCCCUCAGCACAAGUUCGGUCAGGUUCUGUGAAAAGAAAAAUGAUGUUACGCCCUCUAAUCAAGAUCAGAAAACAAAUGCAGAUAAAGAGGCUGAUCCCACAGAAACUCCAACUUUGGUUACACAGAAAGCUGAAGAUGACAGCAAUGUCAUCAAUAUGGUUGAACAAAGGGAGGAGGAGCCAGUACUGUUAAAGACAGAUGAUGGAAGUACCACGCAGCAGCAGGUGGAUGUUAAAAUUGAACAGGUCGUGGCAACGCCACAACAAGGGAAGACUGAUGCGGCUAAGAGUGGGAAAGAGAGUCUCCUCGAUCUUCUUGGAGCCAUGAAGGUGGAAGUAACUAAUAAGAGGAAGCUCAAAAACUUAAAAGUGAAGCCAAGUUAUGAGUCUACACCCAAGUCAAAGCCAGCAGCUAUGGAGAGCACCAUCAGUAUGUUUCAGAAAGCUACAGUGGAGGCUUCAUCACAGAGUGAGACACUGGAUCCUGAACUGGUUGCAGCUGCGUCUGCUGCUGCCUCCACUCUGCCUGACCGCAGCCAGGCCGAGUCUGAGCUGCUCAGGCAGCUGAGGCAGCACGAAGCCGUCACUGAGGCUCAGAAGAAAGGGGACAUGAACAACCUUGGAGUAAUCAUCGCUGACAUGAAAGUAGGAAAGAAUCCCAACCGACAGAACGCUCGGCCGGCUAAUCAGAUCCGAUUUGAUGAGGACGGGCGAGGAUACACACACGACAGAGGGAUCACUGCUGAGCUGGACAGUGUUCGGAGAAGGAAGAACUUGUUCUCGGGGAAAAGACUUAACGUCUUCUCUCCCACUACUGAUGAAGAUGGAGUUGAAUCAGCAGUUGCACGGCCAACUUUAUGGGACAUGGACUUUGCUAAUCAGUUGUCUCUGUCAACCAACCAAACACCCCGCAACGGGCUUGAGGAAAUGAUCCAGUGGACCAAAGAGGGAAAAAUGUGGCAGUACCCAAUCAACAAUGAGGCUGGCCUUGAGGAGGAAACCAGUGUCCCGUUCCAUGAGCAUAUCUUAUUAGGGAAACACUUGGAGGAGGGUUUCCCACGUCAGGGACCAGUGCGUCACUUCAUGGAGCUCGUGGUGGCCGGCAUGUCCAGAAACCCCUACCUGACAGUCCAACAGAAGCGGGACCACAUUUCCUGGUUCAGAGACUACUUCCACCAGAAAGAGGAAGUCCUCAAGGAGGCUGAUGUUUACCUCAACUGAGCUUAAGACAGUUGCAUGUUUUCCCCUUUACUCAUAGGGGCUUUGCAACUAUGAUCAUCUUUACUCAUACAGGGUGGAUUUCUUAACUCUUCCAGGAGGCCUGUUAGAGUGGACUGGCAUCAAGUCUGUUUCCUGGUGUCCAACAUUGAACAGUAUCUACUGUUUCUAAAAUGUUGAUUAGACUAUAGAACCACUGUUAAAAUGUUGCUAUUACAAGUGCUUGUAUAUAAGAUUACAAACAAUAGAAAGCAGCAAAAGUACAAUCAUGGCUUUUUGCUUAUUUCAUUUUCUACUGAUCCACUGAUCAUUUGUUCAACUUUUAUUUGCAUAAUCCAAUGCCAAUGUAGGCAAUUAACUGACAAUAACGUAUCAAUAGCGUGAUGACACAAUUACAUGAGAAGACAUUUGGCUUUUCAGUGUCUGGGAUACCAAAAUUUGUUCCCGAAAUAAUUGUCUGCUUUACGGUCAUAUCAAUCCAAUGGUUUUUGUGAUACACAGGUGGUGAUGCACAACAUUUUUUGUGUUGAAUUACACGUUAUGGUUAACUUGAUUACAAUACUGAUAUAAAAGGUUCCGUUUUGUAUCAAGGCGCGUUUGCCGAUCAGGUUACAUUAAAAAACAGUGGACCGUUUAGUUGGAUGGACGGUUAAAGACCUUCAUAUUCAAAGAAAACAGGUCGAUGAAAAUAUUUUUGUAUCAAAGGUCAUACAAACACCUGUGGUCGUGAAUAAUGGUGUUUCCCAUGGCAAGUUGUAAAACAAGUAUAAAUUAUGUCCAGCAUCUAUGACCUCAGAUCAGGUUUACAGUAUGAGCUUAAAAAGACCUUGAACCUUGUGCCCUUUGCAAGGGAAGUGCUUUUAAAGUCAAAAAACAUGUUAACAAUGUACCACGCAGAUUCCAUCUGGUCUAAAAACACCCUCGGCAAUCUAUUGUCUGAGAAAGUGCGGAAAAUGAGAGCUUGGCAGUUGAGAGUGCCUCAUUUCCACAUUUUGUUCACUUUUCCAUAAACGCAUGAUUAGCAUGAUAACAUUUUGGCAACUUCCUGACUUGUAUGUGUAUAAAGCACCAAAAAAAGUG